CACCUUCCCCAUAUCUCGCCAGUAUGAUUUAUUCAUAUGAAUUUAAACAAGUUGCAGAAAUAUUAGAAUGACUAUUAAGAGGAACAAACAAGACAAGAAAAAGUCAACCCUUUUUCACCUUUUUUUAAAUCUCGAGGUUUUGAAAUAUUGCUUCUCGUGAAGCCAACAAGGGACACCAAAAAUCAACGCAUUAUUAUAAAUAUUAUACGUAUAUAUAGAUAUUUAUAUUUAUCUUUUUUUACGUGUUCACAUUUUUGGGUUUCAACAAGUUUGGCAGUAGUUGAAUUUUGGACGCUUGUGUACUAAUGGUCAUCAAAAGAGUUUGGGGGUUGAGCAAUUGAAUUCUCAGUCUGCUUCCAUUGUUGAAGAUAAUAGAAGGGUUUGCUACCAUUUGGUUUGGAUUCAAUAAAUGGGUUCUUGUUGCAGUUUUAGAAUAAGGGCAGACAGCCCUCGUGAUAAUGGAUCAAAUUCAAGAUAUGUCGGCAUUGAUGUGAAAGACACAAGCAGCAGUUCAUCGAUUGCGAUUCCAUUGACCCCUCGAGGUGAGGGGGAAAUUUUGGAUUCAUCGAAUUUGAAAAGUUUUGGGUUUAUUGAUCUGAGAGCAGCCACCCGGAACUUCCGUCCAGAUAGUGUAUUGGGGGAAGGUGGUUUUGGGUGCGUUUUUAAGGGAUGGAUUGAUGAACAUACGUUUAAAGCUGCGAAACCUGGGACUGGAAUGGUUAUUGCUGUCAAAAGAUUGAACCAAGAAGGUCUUCAAGGUCACAAGGAGUGGCUGACAGAAAUCAAUUAUCUGGGGCAGUUAUACCAUCCUAAUCUAGUAAAGUUGAUUGGUUAUUGCUUAGAGGAUGAACACAGGCUUCUUGUUUACGAGUUCAUGCCUCGUGGCAGCUUGGAGAAUCAUCUAUUCAGGAGGGAACUUCGAUGGUAA